AUGGCACAGUACUCUGUGACGUCCACCAAGCUGUAUAUGCAGGCAAUGGCCCCCAUGAUGGAGGUCUUGUCGAAGUUGACGCUUUCUAGCGACAGGAAACACCCCAAAAUAGACAAAGAGACCACCACCUCGACCACUGCCAAUUCGUUCUUGCUGGAUUUCAAGAACAUCGACGUGCAGGUGGUGGAUAAACUCACUGACUCAGCGUCAAGCCUGUCAAAGGUAGCCAAGGAAAUAGCAGCCGAAUGUAAAAGGGUCAGUUUGGCUCGAGGACAGGACGAGAAUGAUACGAUAUCCAUUGUUAGAGGAGUUGUGGAUAGCAACAACACCGAUGAGGAGCUCCAGCUGGCUCUUUUUGAUAUACUUGGAUUUGAAGAGUUUGACUUGAUUUCUAAGAUUGUGCAAAACAGAGAUGCACUUCAUGAAGAGGAGGAUCAGGCUCCAGUUGAUCCUGCCUCUUUGACUCCAGAAGAGAGAGUCAAGCUUCUCGUGAGUAAUAGAGAGAAGCGCAAGAACGAGCUGUUGCUUCCGAAAAUUACCUCCAAAGGUCAAUACCCGCAUGUUUUUAAGAAACCAGAUGUAGGCAAUGUCAUUGCCAUCACGGGAAAGUCAUACUCCCUACCUGAGGGUACUACGAGGGCUAGUUUUCCUACUCAUGAAGAGCUCAUAAUACCUUACCCUGAGAAUGUCUCGAACAGAUACAUCAAAGACUCUCAAUUGGUGAAGGUUGCCGAUCUAGACUUCUUGUGCCAGGGAACCUUCAACAAUUACAAGACAUUAAACAAGAUGCAGAGUUUGGUAUACCCCGUUGCAUACAACACAAACGAGAAUAUGUUGGUUUGUGCACCCACUGGUGCUGGUAAAACCGACGUUGCAUUGCUUACUAUUCUUCAUACGAUAGGUCAGUUUGUGUCGGAAGUUGAUGAUGGUGUAAUCGAUGUGGACUACGAUGAGUUUAAAAUUGUGUACGUAGCUCCACUCAAAGCAUUGGCUGCUGAAAUCGUGGAGAAGUAUGCACAGAAAUUGAAGUGGCUUGGUAUCACAGUUCGUGAACUCACGGGUGAUAUGCAACUUAGCAAGGCUGAAAUCAUGACAACUCAGAUCAUUGUGACCACACCAGAAAAGUGGGAUGUUGUAACCAGAAAGCUGAUUGGUGACGAUGACUUGGUAGCCAAGGUUAAGCUUCUCAUCAUCGAUGAGGUCCAUCUUCUUCAUGAAGAUCGUGGUUCUGUUAUUGAAACACUUGUUGCUAGGACGUUGCGUCAGGUUGAGUCAACCCAGCAAAUGAUCAGAGUCGUUGGUCUUUCCGCCACCUUGCCUAAUUACAUGGACGUUGCUGAUUUUCUAGGAGUCAACCGUAAUAUCGGUAUGUUCUUCUUUGACCAGCUGUUCCGUCCAUGCCCUCUUAAACAGGAGGUUUUAGGUGCUAGAGGAAAAGCAGGAUCCAAGACCGCUAGAGAGAACAUCGACAGAGUCUCGUACGAUAGACUUCUUGAUCACAUUCUGGAAGGUCGCCAGGUCAUGGUGUUCGUCCACUCCAGAAAAGAUACUGUGAAAACUUCCAGAAGUUACAUUUCCAUGGCACAGGCCAAAGGUGAGCUUGGCUACUUUGACGCCUCAGAUACGUGUGAUUCAUACGACCGAUUCAAAAGAGAAAUGGGAGCUAAGAACAGAAAUAAGGAUAUGAAGGAGCUUUUCCAGUACGGCUUUGGAGUGCAUCAUGCUGGUAUGCUUCGAUCAGACAGAAACCUCACUGAAAAGAUGUUCUUAAGCGGAGCCAUCAAGGUGCUCGUUUGUACUGCCACAUUAGCCUGGGGUGUCAAUUUACCAGCUGCAGUGGUCAUUGUGAAGGGUACCCAAGUCUACGAUGCCAAACAGGGUGGUUUUGUCGAUUUGGGAAUCUCAGACGUUAUCCAAAUUUUUGGUCGUGCUGGUAGACCACAGUUCGAGAAGUUCGGUACCGGUAUCUUGUGUACCACCAGUGAUCGUCUUGAUCACUACGUUUCAUUACUUUCUCAGCAGCACCCAAUUGAAUCGAAGCUUCUGGCAAAGCUUAUCGAUAAUUUGAAUGCAGAGGUCUCCCGAGGAACAGUCACCACUAUAGACGAAGGUGUGCAAUGGCUUGGCUAUACUUUCAUGAUGGUGAGAAUGAGACAGAAUCCAUUUGCGUAUGCCAUUGAAUGGCGUGAACUUGAAGAGGAUCCAACUCUUACCAUGAGGCGAAGAAAGAUGAUUAUAGACGCUGCACGGAGACUCCAUUCCCUUCAGAUGAUAGUAUUUGAUGAAAACUCAGGAGCCUUGGUUCCUAAAGAUUUAGGCAGAAUUGCAUCGGACUUCUACUUGCUCAAUAACUCCAUCGAAGUGUUCACGCAAAUGCUCAAUCCACUCGCAACAGAAGCCGAUUUAUUGUCUAUGAUCAGUAUGAGCAGUGAAUUCGACAACAUAAAGUUCAGAGAAGAAGAAAAGGUCGAGUUGACGAAGCUUGUGGAAAAUGAAACACCUUGUCAAGUCGGAGGCGAAGCUGAAUCAGCACCAUGGAAAACAAAUAUUCUUCUCCAGGCAUUUGUGUCCCAAACUCCACUCAAAGAUUCUGCCUUGAUCUCAGAUCUGAACUACGUUGCCCAAAAUGCUGCAAGAAUCUGCCGUGCUUUGUUCUUGAUAGGUAUCAACCGUCGUUGGGGUGCAUUUUCAAAAGCUAUUCUUUCAGUCUGCAAAUCGGUCGAUAGACGCAUGUGGGCAUUUGACCAUCCUCUUGCCCAGUUUGACCUUCCAGAGCAUGUAUUGAAGAACAUUCGUGCAAAGAACCCAUCUAUUGAGACCCUUCGAGACCUUUCAGCACCGGAGUUGGGUGACUUGGUCCAUAACUCCAAUUCAGGAAAGACGUUGUACAGAUUGAUCAGCAGAUUCCCAUAUUUGGAGAUCGAUGCAGAGAUCUUCCCUAUUACCAGCAAUGUCAUCAGGAUGCAUGUGGUAUUAGAUCCUGACUUCGUAUGGGAUGAACGGUACCACGGCAACGCUCAAUUCUUCUGGGUGACUGUGGAAGAGUCAGAGGAUACAAAGAUUCUUCAUGUUGAGAAGUUCAUUUUGCGCCGCAAUUCUAUGAAAAGUCCUCAUGAGCUUGAUUUCAUGAUUCCUCUUUCAAAUCCACCACCAGCUCAAAUCGUGGUCAGGGUGCUUUCCGAUACUUGGAUAGGUUCUGAGUCGCUGCACUCGGUAUCUUUCCAGCACCUCAUCAAACCUACAAACGAAACAGUCAGAACGAACCUUCUUCGUUUGCAGCCUCUUCCUAUCACAGCAUUGCACAACGAAAAGAUUCAGUCUGUCUAUGAUUCGAAGUUCCGUUACUUCAACCCAAUGCAGACCAUGACGUUCCAUUCUCUCUACAACACAAACUCCAAUGUUUUUGUUGGUUCACCUACUGGUUCAGGUAAAACGGUGGUUGCUGAAUUGGCGAUCUGGCAUGCUUUCAACGAAUUCCCUGGUUCCAAGAUUGUCUACAUUGCUCCUAUGAAAGCCUUGGUGAGGGAGAGAGUCGAGGAUUGGAGAGCUAGAAUCUGCAAGCAAACGGGUCACAAACUAGUAGAGUUGACUGGUGAUUCUUUACCUGGAGCAAAGGAGGUUAGAGAAGCAGACAUUAUCAUCACGACCCCCGAGAAGUUUGACGGUAUCUCUCGUAAUUGGCAAACCAGAAAGUUUGUGCAAGAAGUCUCGUUGGUUAUCAUGGACGAAAUUCAUCUUUUGGCCAGUGACAGAGGCCCCAUUUUGGAGAUGAUUGUUAGUCGUAUGAACUACAUUUCAUCUCAAACAAAGAAGCCUAUCCGUCUUUUGGGUAUGUCUACGGCUGUUUCUAAUGCCAUUGAUAUGGCUGGUUGGCUCCGUGUGCGUGAAGGUCUUUUCAACUUUCCACAGUCUGUUCGUCCUGUUCCAUUGCAAAUGUACAUUGACGGAUUUCCAGAUAAUCUCGCCUUCUGUCCAUUGAUGAAGACGAUGAACAAACCAGCUUUUAUGGCAAUCAAACAACACUCUCCAACAAAGCCUGUUUUGAUUUUCGUUGCCUCUCGUCGUCAAACGAGACUCACAGCUCUUGAUCUUAUUCAUUUGUGCGGUAUGGAACUGAAUCCUAGACGGUUUGUGAACAUGGACGACAUGGAGCUCGCUGAUGUGUUGGAGAAGGUGAAAGAUGAAACAUUGAAAUUGUCUUUGCAAUUUGGUAUGGGUUUGCAUCAUGCCGGUUUGGUAGAAUCCGACCGUCAAAUAGCACACAAGCUUUUUGAGGCUGGAAAGAUCCAAAUCUUGAUUGCAACUUCCACUUUGGCCUGGGGUGUCAACUUACCAGCUCACUUGGUCAUCAUCAAGGGUACCCAAUUCUUUGACUCCAAGAUCGAGGAUUAUAGAGAUAUGGACUUGACCGAUAUUCUUCAAAUGAUGGGAAGAGCUGGUCGUCCCGCUUUCGAUACAAGUGGUAUCGCCAUAGUCUACACAAAGGAGGCUAAGAAGGUGUUCUACAAACAUUUCUUGAAUAUUGGAUUCCCCGUUGAAUCGUCUUUGCACAAAGUUUUAGAUAACCAUAUUGGUGCAGAAAUUGCAAGCGGAACAAUCACUACAAGACAGCAAGCUCUUGAUUUCUUGACCUGGACAUUCUUGUACAGACGUGCCCAUAACAAUCCAACGUACUACGGUAUCGAAGAUUUGAGUGACGUCGGAAUUUCAAAGUAUUUGGGUGGUCUUAUUGACGAUGCCAUCGACAACCUCACGGAGUCUCGCUGUAUCACUCAUACGGGCAAAGACGAGCUUUUACCAUCUCCAUUCCUUCAGGUGUCCUCGUACUACUACCUUUCUCAUCUUACUAUCAGGACAAUUUUGGGUAACAUCAAGAAGGAUUCCUCUUUCCAGGAAUGUUUGAAGUUGUUGUGUCUCGCUACAGAAUACGAUGAGCUUGCUACGAGACAUGGUGAAGAGCUCAUAAAUAUGGAGAUGUCGCAAGCAAUGAGAUACCCUGCUGAGGACAUGGAGAAGGAGUUCAUUUGGGAUCCACACGUGAAAGCAUACUUGUUGAUCCAGGCUUUCAUGAGUCGAGUCGAUCUCCCAAUUGCUGAUUACGCUCAAGAUACCGUUUCUGUUUUGGAUCAAGCAUUGCGUAUUUUGCAGGCUUACAUUGACGUUGCAUCUGAGCUUGGCUACUUGAAUGUUGUGUUGACUUUUGUGAAGUUGAUGCAGUGUAUUAAGCAGAGAAUCUGGUACGACGAGGACCCUGUCACUGCCUUGCCUGGCUUGGAAGUGCAAAAGAGAAAAGAAAGUAACCUUGAUCUCAAGAAAGUUGGUACGUCUAAUAAGGGUGCUCUUUUCAAGAUGGCUGAGAAGCUUGGUGUUGAGGACUUUGACGAAAAGGACGGAGUCAAGGAAUUCGUUCGUAUUGCCUCUCAUUUGCCCACUGCUGGCCUUAAGGUGGAGCAGAAUUCUCCAGAUACAUUGAAGGUGGAGCUUGAGCACGACAACUUCCCUCUUAACAAGGAGUUCAAGAUGUACGCUCCACACUUCCCCAAGCCGCAAAGGGAAUCUUGGUUUGUGAUUAUUUGCGACCAGAAGAAAGAGGAGCUCUUACUCAUUAAAAGAGCAUCUCCUCGACUCCAUGGAAAGAAAGGCAAAAUCGCCUGUUCCUUGGAGAUUUUCGAUGAUAUGCGUGAUCAGGAAGUGGUGGUCCUUUGUGUCAACGAUGCCAUGGACAUCAGCUACGAGACUACGCUCACUUUGCGCUAA